AUGGGGCAGAUCAGCUCGGCCCCGGUGGAGCUGAUCCGCGUGCAGCGCUGCGGCGGCGCCGGCUGGCGUGGCGCGGCCGCGGAGAUGCAAGGUUGGCGCGCGGACCAUGAGGACGCGCACUUCGUGGCCGACGGCGGCGAGGACGGCACGAGCCUCUUCGGCGUGCUCGACGGCCACGGCGGCCGCGCGGCCGCGCGCGAGGCGGCGCACGACCGCCUGCCGGCGGCGCUGCGGCGCGCGACCGCCGCCGGCGGCGCGCUCGACGAGGCCGCCGUGACGGCCGCGUUCGUCGAGACGGACGCGUGGCUGCGGACGGUCCCCGCCGUCCAGCGCGACCAGAGCGGCACGACGUGCGUCGUGGCGGGCCUGCGCCGGCGGCCGCAGGAGGCGGGCGCGGGCGCGCCGACCUGGGACGCGUGGGUCGCGAACGCGGGCGACAGCCGGGGCCUCCUCUUCCGCCCGGGCGCCGGCGGCGCGGAGACCCUCGUCGCGAGCGAGGACCACAAGCCCGACCGGCCCGACGAGCUCGCUCGCAUCGCGCGCGCGGCGGCGCAGAGAUCGGAUCGUCGCGGCGCGUCCGUCGCGGGGGCGGCGCGCGCGACGCGCCGACCGAUUCUGCGCGCAGGCGCGCGGGCGGCUUCGUGAGCGACGCCGACGCCGCGCGCCGGCCCGCGGCGGCGCCGCCGGCCGUCGCGCGCCUCGACGGGAACCUGGCCGUGUCGCGCGGCCUGGGCGACUUCGCCUACAAGGCCGACGGGCGGCUCGCGCCCGGCGACCAGAAGGUGAGCUGCGCGCCCGAGUUCUACGGCGCGGAGCUCCGCGCCGGCGACCUCCUGAUCCUGGCCUGCGACGGCGUCUUCGACGUCAUGAGCAACGAGGGCCUCUGCCGCGCCGUCGCGGCGGCGCUCGACGGCGGCGCGGACGUCGGCGACGUCUGCGCGCGCGUGCUGGGCGCGUGCCUGCGGGACCUGCACUCCAAGGACAACAUGACGCUGCUCGUGGUGCAGGUCGGCGUCGACGGCGCGGCCUACGGCCGCGCGCCCGACGAGAUCGCGGGCCUCGAGCUCUACGCGCGCCAGACCGACGAGGCCGUGCGCCGCGCCUACCUGGGCUUCCUGCGCUACUGCGCCGACACGGGCGGCCUGCCACCGCCGGCGCGGGAGCUCCUGGACGCGGACGGCGCGCCGCCCGCGCCGCCAAUCGACGCGCCGGCCGACUCGAGCGCACCGCCGCCCGCCGCCGCCGGCGGGGCGGCGGACGCGCCGGCGACGGCCAACCGCAAAAAGAAGAAGGUCAGACUCCCGCGUCCCGCGAGGUGCCUUCAUAUCCGCGCCCGCAACGGUCGACUCACCGGUCCAUGGUUUUCCUUCGUCGUAGUUUCCGCCGUCGGCGGACCCAGAUAGCCCGUCCGUCAACGACCGCUUUGCUCAUGCCAAAAUCCAUGAUCCCCGCGCAGAAGUCGAAGAAGAAGGCCGCCGCGCCCGACCGUGAGGCCUGACGCGCGUGCCUACCCCUCCCGCCGCCGUACCUCGCCUCAGUAACCGGCUUCCUCCCUCGUCCUACUGAAUAUAGUCCUCGCCUCGGGCCGCCGUCUAUAGAGCCCCACUGGCACACCCCCAAAAGAGGUUGAUGUGUCGGGUUGGCUCCAAGACUCCAGCGCUUGACCCCCGGUGACGAUCUGUACCUCGCUGGUCCGACGCUGUAGACGACGUGGCCCCAAAGCAAGACCAAGUUAUUUCCUCCUGGGACGGUCUCGGGCCGAGGGUGGCGUCGGCUGUCCAAGUUGCUCUAGGACGGGUCCGGCUGCAGACCCCCUGGUCCUGUCGUAUAUUUCUGGUGAAUAAGGAAUCGGGAGCGGUCGACGGCGAAGAAGGCCGCGAUAACGUACGAAGGAGCCGGCGACGCGCUUCUUCUUAUAGUUGAGCAAUUACCCGGUAGCGAAAUCUCAG